AUGGAUAAUGAAUUCCUGGAUAUAUCAACAAGUCUCAAAUUGCAACUUGGUUAUGGUAUUGGUCAUGUUUUAAACGAUGUAUGCGCGAGUUUGUGGUUUACAUAUUUCUUGGUAUAUUUCCACCUUGUGCUUGAAUUUACUGCUUCGCAGUCGGGCUACUUGAUGUUGAUAGGGCAAAUUGUUGAUGCCCUAUCCACCCCUUUUGUUGGAUAUCAUUCUGAUCAUACUGAUAAUUCUAUGAGUGCUAGGUAUGGAAGAAGAAAGUUAUGGCAUUUUUUUGGAACAUUAUGUGUGAUAAUAUCUUUUCCAUUUAUAUUUUCUGAGUGUAUUAGUUGCUCUUCAACUCACAAAUGGGCACAAAUGUACUACUAUGCAGCUUUUAUUCUUAUAUUUCAAAUUGGUUGGGCAGCUGUGCAAAUAUCUCAUCUAAGCUUAAUACCAGAACUAGCUGAUGACGCACAUGUUCGAACUCAUCUUACAGCAAUCAGAUAUGGAUUUACAGUAUUUUCAAAUUUGUUUGUUUAUAUUAUAACAUGGGCUGUUUUUCACUUUACUGGUAAUUGUGAUAAAGAUCAAAUUGGUCCAAAUGAUGUUUGGAAGUUUAGAGAAAUUAUGUUAAUUGUGAUAGCUGUAGGAACACCUGCAUCAAUUUUCUUUCAUAUUUCUAUAAAAGAAAAACCAGCAAGAUAUGCUAUUCAAAAUGAUACAGAGAAUACAAUGACACACUGCAACUUAUUUAAGAAUAUUAUCUUAUAUCAGGUAGCUGGCGUAUAUAUGAGCACAAGGCUAGUUGUAAAUAUCUCCCAAGUACUUAUGCCGCUAUACUUACACCGAACCCUGGGUUUGGCAGCACGUUCCCUUGCUGUAGUUCCAUUGGCUAUGUUACUUGGCAGUCUCAUAGCAGCUGGUGUUCAAAGAUUAACACCCAGAUCGAUAACGAGAAAAUAUACAUUUCUUUUUGGAUUCAUUUUUUCCCUGUGCAGCUAUUUGUGGAUCUACUUUGGCUUCGAUGACAAUUAUAAAUUUUAUUACAUAUAUGUGGUUGCCGUUUUUCUAGGAUUUGGAGCUGCUCAAAUGUUAGUGACAAGUCUAUCAUUAACAGCUGAUCUUGUUGGUGAAAGUACCCAGGCAUCAGCCUUUGUAUACGGGUUGAUGAGUUUCACUGACAAGCUUUCUUGUGGGAUUGCUAUUGCUGUAAUCCAAAUAUAUGCAGAUGAAGCAGAGGCAACAUAUUAUCAAUAUGUGUUAUCCAUAGGAUGUGGUGCGGCAGCUGUUAUGGGACUAAUGUUUACGCUAUCUUUGCCUAAUCUUACUCACAACAGAAUUACAGUUGGAAAUAUUCAAUCUACAGAUGCAUCCGACCAUGAAACUGUACCAACAGGACCAGAUAUUUAA